AUGGGCUCGCAUCGAUCCAACAAUGCAGAGACUGUCGAACUAUUAAGUUCUAGCUCCGAUAGUGACGUGUCUGUGGACAAAAAUACGGUCAGUUUACGACCAAAACUACGAAGUCAACGUAAUCAAUUGAUACACAAGAAUGAUGGUCAAGCAUUAAGCUCGGUUGAUAUUGUGCGACCGAUAAAAAGACGUCGUGAAGCGAAGAAAGAGAUCCAGUAUGCUUAUGAUGAGGAGGAAGAUGAGGAGGAGGAGGAGGAGGAGGAGGAAGAUGAGGAUGCGACGGAGAAUUACGUGGACCAUAUAGAGGGGACAGUAUCAGAAGAGGAACAUACUAUACCAGAGAAAGAUACGACACGUCGACGAAGUCAACGUAAGCGCAAGUCUGUUCCAUUGAUGACGGAAUAUUCCGAUGACGACUUUAUCAUGAGCAGUGACGAGGAAGUGGAGAAAUCAAAGUCGGCACCUAGAGUGAAAAAAAGGUGGUAG